AAACCCCCGAACCAAAAUAAAGCUUCCACCUUUAACUUAUUAGCUUUACUUCUCAAUUGCUUACACUUGGAGAGAAAAAUGGCAGAUUAUUUACCACCUGGGUUUAGGUUCUACCCCACUGAAGAAGAGCUGGUUUCCUUCUAUUUGCACCACAAGCUUGAUGCAGCUACAACAAAUCAUCAUCUCAUCAAACUCAUGGAUCAAAUCAUACCCCUUUCGGAUAUUUACCGAUUCAAUCCUUGGGAUCUUCCACAGUUUGCUGGAGAGGUGUGUAGGAGGGAUGAGGAGCAAUGGUUUUUCUUCGUACCGAGGCAAGAUAGCGAAGCAAGAGGAGGGAGGCCAAAGAGAGUGACAAGCAGUGGGUAUUGGAAGGCAACUGGGUCUCCAAGCCAGGUUUAUUCCUCAAACCAUAGAAGCAUUGGAAUUAAAAGGACUAUGGUUUUCUACAAUGGAAGAGCUCCCAAAGGAACUAAAACUCAAUGGAAGAUGAAUGAAUAUAAAGCCACUCCUUCUCCCACCACUAUUCCAAAGGUUCAAAUGUUGAGCUUGUGUAGGAUUUACAAGAAAUCAAAGUCAUUGAGAGCAUUUGAUCGACGGCCGCUGCUGCAGGCGGCAGCAGAGGUGGAGACGGCUGAGAUUGCGGCGGAGGAACCGCCAGCUCAGCAUAUAAACGUUGGCGACGAUGACAAGUUAGUUGAUCAGAAACCGAAUGCGCCAUUAAUGGAGGAGAUGGGGAGCUCCCCUGAAACAGGCUGUUCUUCAGAAGCCUCAAAGAAUAAUAACACGCAGUUGCGGAUGGAUGUUGAUGAUGAUGAGCUUGUGUGGGAUUGGAACCAUUUGAAUUGGCUCUAGUCAUCUUCAACCACACACAUUAUCUAAUACAAAAUAUUUGAUCAAAUAACAACAUAAAUUAAUU